UUUCUCACUUGACAGCAAGAGAUCCAUCCAACCUGUAAAAAUCCAACUGUUUAACUCUCUGUCAGUGUGUCUUUUAAUUAAAAUUUCGAAAAAUGGUGACCUCAAGGUCACUAACGCUGUCAAUCCUGGUCAUCAUCAUCCUUCAGUUGGGGACAGCUACCAUUUCGCCGAGUGACAAAAAGCCAAAGGACAGCAAGCAAGCUACCGCUGAUGCGAAGAAAGGCCCCGUCCCAGAGUCUGUCUUUCAACGAAACCUGGUCACCAGAUCGCCCUCAGCGAGUGACAUUGUCGCAGAAAGCGGCAUGUACUGCAAAAAGAUUGAGCGGAACUUCACUAACGCGGUGCUGGGCUAUGUUACUCCGUGGAACAAUCAUGGCUACGACGUCGCGAAAACAUUUGGCAAUAAAUUCACAAUGAUUUCUCCCGUUUGGCUGCAAAUCAAACGCAAGCCGACCGGUACUUUCCACAUCACAGGAACCCACGACAUUGAUCACGAGUGGAUUAAGGAUGUGAGGAAGCGGGGGAAGAAGAGUCAGGUCAAAAUCGUCCCACGCGUCCUGUUCGAUGGCUGGUCUAGCGACGAUUUCUACGCCUUAUUCACCACCGGUACAGAGCCAAAAGAAUUGACAAAAACGAUCGUGAUGUCACUCAAGGCCUACAAGUUUGACGGUGUGGUCCUCGAAGUCUGGUCCCAGUUAGGCGGACAGGGGCGAAAAGCAUUGCAAAUGCUGGUCAAAUUACUUGGUGAAGCUUUAACCAAAGCAGACUUGAAGUUCAUCCUGGUCAUCCCACCACCCGUAUCGCCUCAUACCGGAAAAGUUGGCAACAUCGAAAUGGAUGAUAUCAAGCAGAUGUACGCAUACGUUGACUACUUUUCCGUUAUGACGUACGACUACUCGAGUCCCGAACGGCCUGGGGCCAACAGUCCUAUAAAAUGGGUCGAGAAAUGUAUCAAGGCGAUCUCCACGAAGAAGAACGAGAGGUCAAAGUUCCUCAUAGGGCUCAACUUCUACGGCUAUGACUACACUUCGUCGGGCGGACACCCCAUCCUGGGCAAGGACUAUCUCGACCUCGUCUCUAAAACAAGUGCUAUCCAGUGGGGCGAUGAUGUCGAGGAACACUACUUUGAAGCGAAGGACAAGGGGAUCAAACACACCGUUUUCUACCCCACGCUAUAUUCGAUACGACAACGGAUCAAGCUGGCGGAAGAAUUGGGUUGUGGUCUAGCAAUUUGGGAACUUGGUCAAGGCCUCGACUACUUUUAUGAUCUAUUGUAAAUGGUGCAUUUUUCAUAUACGAACAAGUUUGAUAGCUUUAAUAGUAAUUGAAAGUUUAAAAAAGAUGGAUGCAAUAUUCAAUUACAAUUAUUUCAUAAAAAUUGGAGACGUUUUGAUUUUGUAAAAUAAAAUUUUUGUUAACUUUUGAAAAUUUCACUGUCAAGUUUGUGUAAUUUAUGUAUUGCUUAAGUAUGAAUUGAAAAACAUUCCACAAUUA